UCUAGAAGAAGGGAGAGAAGUCGGGAGUUAAAAUGGCAUUUCUCAUGUCAGUGGCAGCUGCGACCACAAUUGCCGUUGCAGCGACAGCUCUUCCAGCUUCCUUCUCUCCAUCUUCCUCUUCUUCUUCUUCACCUUUGUGUCACAUCUCCAAAUCCCUGACUUUCUCAUCUCUUUACUGUAAUUCAAUCCUCAGACCAGAUCGCUUGGGCCUUGUCAAGACCUUCGCUUCUCCUCCCUCCGCUCUACACAUGGACGCUCCCACCUCAGAUCAUCAGCUCUCCUCUCAUAACGGUUCAGCGUUGCCGGAAUUGCUGACAGAGUAUAUGGUGGAUAUGAAGUGUGAUGGUUGUGUUAAUGCUGUCAAGAAUAAGUUACAGACUGUUGAUGGAGUUAGGAAUGUUGAAGUUGAUUUGAGCAAUCAGGUAGUUAGAAUUCUUGGGUCUUCACCUGUGAAGGUCAUGACUGAAGCUUUGGAGCAGACGGGUCGAAAAGCACGAUUAAUUGGCCAAGGGGUUCCUGAAGAUUUCUUAGUCUCUGCUGCUGUGGCCGAGUUCAAAGGUCCAAAUAUUUUUGGUGUGGUUCGUUUGGCUCAAGUGAAUAUGGAAUUGGCUAGGAUUGAGGCUAGCUUUAGUGGUUUGUCUCCUGAAAAACAUGGUUGGUCGAUAAAUGAAUUUGGUGAUCUGACCAAAGGGCCGUCAAGCACUGGGAAAGUGUUCAAUCCAACAAACCAUGUAACUGAGAAAGAGCCACUUGGCGACUUGGGAACAUUAGAUGUGGAUGAGAAAGGAGAAGCCUUCUAUUCUGACAUUAAAGAAAAGCUUAGAGUUGCUGAUCUCAUUGGGCGAUCCAUUGUGGUGUAUGGAACUGAAGAUAAAUCAGAUCCAGGUCUCACAGCUGCAGUGAUAGCUAGAAGUGCAGGAGUUGGUGAGAACUACAAAAAGCUCUGCACAUGUGAUGGCACUACUAUUUGGGAAGCGACCGACAAAGAUUUUGUCACCAGCAAGGUUUGAUGAUUAUAUAACCACUGUAUGCAUCCUUCUAACUACGAGUAUGUGUUGCUACUUGUAUACCCAUUGUAAUAAAGUUUGUAGUUCUAUACAAUCUUGUACUUGAAAAACUACUAGUUUAAUGUAAAAAAAACUCAGACAGAGCUCUAUCUAAUAACACAAGUUCACCUCUGAAUUUUGCUUUCAGUUGGAAGUUGGAA